GGCGGUGCACGCCGGGGCCGCCAGUCCCAGGAAACGUGCUGGCCGCGCGGCGCAGGGUUCGCAGCUACAGUGACUUGCUGCACUUUUUCCGCCCAAGGGCUCUCGGGCUGGAGCCGCAGUAGUUCUCUUUGUUGAGGCUGAGUCUGAAAUGGCAGUGGCUGUUUUCCUUCUAGACACAACACCAGGGGCUUGUGUGGGGAGCGAGGCUCUCCACGCUGCUGGCGCGUUGUCAAGAAACACGCUCAGCGCCUUGUUUGUGCUCCUCCAAGUUUCAUUGUCUCUGCGACACCCCACGCUCGGCCCCGCCGCCGCGUGGCUUCUCGCUCCUUCUCGAGGGCGGGGGAGUGGGGUUUGGAUCGGGGGCAUCCCGCGUCUCGCUUUUCCGGGUGGGGACCGCGGGCGAUCCCGACUGCCAAGCUGCUGCGCCUUUGUCUGAAAGUUGGGCUGGGAGGGGGGCGGGGAGCGGCCCCCGCCCGCCCGGGACACUCUUCUUUGGGGAUAUGGUGUUUUCACAAUCGAAGGAAUGUGAUUCUAGACCCCCUAUCACCCUCGAGUGGAAACAGUUUUGGAAAGCCAGACCUUAAAAAAUUCUCAAUCUCUAAUAAAAGUUUUCCCAGGAUGAAUUUGGGGCAAGAGGAAGAGUUAGGACACAGGGCCAGCAGCUGAAAGCGGCGUGCAGUUAAAGUGUGUCCAACUGUGACAAGCAAGCUUGGUUGUAAGUGGAAAGAGCGAGGCUGUCAUUGUUUCUACGAGGCGUCCUGGAAGGUUUACAACUAAAACUAGCCGUCAGUCUGGUUUAAAAACAAAAUACACGGAAGGAAAAAAAAAAUAACCACACACAGCAUCCCGAAAGGUCAAAGAAUGUGAAGUCCCUUUUGAAGUAAACUUCUGAGUCCCAGACUGGGAGGUCCCCCGAGUGUUCCAUCGUGGAGUGGAGUUGGCUUUUCUGUUCUGAUUUACGUGGAGUGGUUCAAAACAGAAGUUAAUCGCCCGGGGAAGCGGGGCGGCGCGACUGCGCAUGCCCGAGCUGCCUGGCCUCCGUAACUCCACAUUCUUUCAGACCCCGCGGCAACCAAGCUUCCUACCCAGGGGUGCGCUUCCCACCGAGGGGUGCGCUCCGGGCGGCCGCACGCCUGGCGGGGCUUCUCCAGCUGCCUUGCUACGUUCCACGUGCUUCCGUGGGAGGUUGUGAGACGCGGGACUUCUCUCUUCCCGCAGGCUUUCCCAGCGAGAGUGAAAUCAAAUGUGCAAACCCGGGUCACUCGGUAGUAGUUGGUAGUGGAACUACCCGCAGACCCCUCCCCGUGGGAUUUGUAACUUGGCUCGGGGACAACACGCGCGGGGAGCGUCUGGGGCGGCUCUCGAAAGCCGUGAGGGACUUCGGAAGGUCUGACAGGCAGGUCUACACCCUCACUGGGAGGCGUGCUCUCUGUUCCGGUGGGGGCUCAUUGGUGUUGGAGUUCAGUGGGGUGGGGUGGUUCUGUUUUUGAAGAGAUUCUGCUGCGCCAAAGGCACUGGCUUCUCCCGCGGAUGGCCUUCCCCCAUUGUUCAGGCCCUGCCGGGGGCGUCUCUGAUCUCCCUCUCCGGCCCGCCCCUCCGUGUCUACUUCUCCCAGGUACCCCAACAUCCCAGGGAUCUUUCGGGUACAGCGCCCCUAGGCCACUCCUACCCACGCCGCGCCGGCUCUCCCGGGUACCCCCUAUCACUCCAUCUCCAGCCUGCUUCGCCCUUCUCCCAGCUCCCCAGCCGAGGACAGAGGCUGGGACCUGCUACCCCCAUGGCAUCGGUGGGAACCUCUGUGGUCCCCAGAGCUAGAUGUGCAGGGUCCUGCCACUCAGCGCCGACUCAUGGAACAAUGAAAGGUGACGUGUUGGGAGAGGAAACUUUGCGACUGGUUCAGAGCUCGCGUGGAGGAUCCGAGCCUGCUGGGAUUACCCGGGUUUCUUUGCCUUUUUAGGUUUCCCAGGCUGAGUCGUCUGGGGGCGGGCAGGCCCCUGAGAAUGGGACUUGCGGCCUCACUGCUAGUUUCUUGUGCCCAGAGCCACGGAGGGCCCCCGGCCGAGCUAACGAGAGCAGGGCGCGGGCGCGUCUCUGCUGGUGCUGGGGAACUCGCCAGAACAAAAGCUACUUGCUUUGCUCCUCCCUCUCCCCGCAAUCCACCCCCCUCCGGGUCUAAAACUACCUGGGAGUUGGGAGAGCCUUCCUUGUUGGCUCUGGAAGGGCUCUCGGAGAAGUUGGUCCCGCGUAUCGUCUGCCUUAUAAAAAAGUCUGUAAAAGUUUUUUCAACAUUUCCUUAAAACGACAGCACUUUCAACUCGAUUAUACGGCUUCGGGUUUGGUGUCGUCGCAGCGUCCGGCAGUGAGACUGAGGAUGAGGACAGCAUGGACAUUCCCCUGGACCUUUCUUCUUCAGCUGGUUCAGGCAAGAGAAGGAGACGGGGCAACCUGCCCAAGGAGUCCGUUCAGAUCCUCCGGGAUUGGCUCUAUGAGCACCGAUACAAUGCCUAUCCCUCGGAGCAGGAGAAAGCCUUGCUGUCCCAGCAAACACACCUGUCCACACUACAGGUCUGUAACUGGUUCAUCAACGCCCGCCGCAGGCUCCUCCCGGACAUGCUGAGAAAGGAUGGCAAAGAUCCAAAUCAGUUCACCAUUUCCCGCCGUGGGGCCAAGAUUUCUGAAACUAGCUCUAUGGAGUCAGUAAUGGGCAUCAAAAACUUCAUGCCGGCUCUAGAAGAGACCCCAUUUCAUUCCUGUGCAGCUGGGCCAAACCCACCCCUUGGGAGGCCACUGUCUCCUAAGCCGGCGUCCCCAGGAUCAAUUUUGGCUCGACCAUCAGUCAUCUGCCAUACCACUGUGACUGCAUUGAAAGAUGUCCCUUUCUCUCUCUGCCAGUCGGUUGGCGUGGGACAAAACACAGAUAUCCAGCAGAUAGCAGCCAGCAACUUUACAGACACCUCUCUCACGUACCCUGAGGACAUGUGUAAGUCUGGACCAGGUACAAACACGCAGAGUGGUCUUUUCAACACUCCUCCCCCUACUCCACCUGACCUCAACCAGGAUUUUAGUGGAUUUCAGCUUCUAGUGGACGUUGCACUCAAACGGGCUGCAGAGAUGGAGCUUCAGGCAAAACUUACGGCUUAACCCUUUUCCAAGCCAAACAGUUCUCAGAAAUGUCAUGAUUGCCGGGGUGAUGGCAAGAGAUGAAUUGCAUUAUUUUAUAUAUUUUUUUAUUAAUAUUUGCACAUGGGAUUGCUAAAGUGAAGCUUCCUGUUACUGAGAUGUCUUCAAUGGAAUACAGUCAUUCCAAGAACUAUAAACUCAAAGCUACUGUAGAAACAAAGGGUUUUCUUUUUUAAAUGUUUCUUGGUAGAUUAUUCAUAAUGUGAGAUGGUUCCCAAUAUCAUGUGAUUUUUUUUUUUUUCCCCUUUCCCCUGUUUUGUUGGUGUUUUUUCAGACUGUGCAAUACUUAGAGAACCUUAGAGAGCAUCUUCUCAUUCCCAUGUGGAACAGGAUGCCCACAUACUGUCUAAUUAAUACAGUUCCAAUUGUUUUUUUCAAACAAGUUUGAAUCUAGUUGAUUGAUACCUUUUUUCAUGACAUAAUAAAGUAUUUUCUUUAAAA